GCAUGUAAAUGUGACAUAAAAAUGUCCCAACAUAGCUCCUCGACGGUAUUCCAAUUUAUGGCGCAUGUGACAAGAAAUGCUGAAAUCCAGACCUAAUGAGAGCCCACCGGCCAGCUCCGACUAUGCAAUUCUUUAGCGUCUGGUCACGAGGCCCCUGAGUGAUGACAAAGUUUGCUAUCAGAGAGCAAUUCACCGCGGCAGAUAGGCAGAGGGCUUCUGAAAACGCUCCCUUAAUUCGGGCCAAAGUUUUGCCGGCGAGCACGCAGGUGCUCCAAGCCGCUGAGGGAAUCAAUGACAGCCGCUCCGGGCAUCAGCAGCCUCCCUCCCCGGGCUACAGGUCAGGUCAACCACGCACCGCAGACACCUCCAGCCUCUGUGAUCUCACACGCUCACGUCAUCCAUCACCACGGCGCAACAACAGGGGCCGGCACGGCACGGCGAUAUCGAAGCCGAGGUUUUAUUGCAUCCGGAGGAGGAGGGGGGAUAAACGCAGGCAGCGGCUGGUAGAGGCGGCGACUGUCCAGAAGAUCCCUCCGUCAGGAAGUCGGAGAUCGGUCAUCAGGAAAAACAGCAGGGGCCGCGGCCCUGCUGACGAGGAGGAGACGUCGGAUGUUACCUGCACUUGUCCCCCUCCCCAUUCCCCCCCCGGCCCUCUGCUGUGUUCCCGGGGUUUGUCUGGACACCAAGUUCCACACCACACCUCAGCCCCCACCCCUUCCCGCAUGCUUUGCAAUUAG